CCUCUACAACUUACACAUGCCUUUUGGUCCGUCCGUCUUUAAAUCUUAACCUUCCGAUUUUCCUUCAUAUAUACCCCUUAAAACCCGACUAGUGUUACUCACACACACACACUUUACUUGAUCUCCUUUUCUUCAAACAUCCAUCAUGUUUAAGUUUGCAAAAGAAUCACACAUGUAUCUCAUCCUAACCCUAGUAACCAUCUCUUUUUUUCUACAUGAUCUCUUAAUGUCUAUCUUAGUCAGCAACUACAAUAUCUCUAUAUUUAUACUAAUUAUCACUAUCUUGGCCUUCUACUUCGUGACCAAGCCUCGAACCGUCUACUUACUUGAUUUUGCUUGUUUUAAGCCUCCCCCAAUGUAUAGGAUACCCUAUGCCACUGCAUACGAACAUGGACACAUCUUAUUAGCCAAAUUGCAGCCCGAAAGCUAUGCAUUCCAAGCUAAGAUCUUUGAGCGGGCUGGGUUGGGUGAAGAAACAAGUUGUCCUGGAGCAUUACAUUACUUACCACCAAAUCCAAGUUUAAAGGAUGCUAGAGAAGAGACCGAAUUAGUCAUUUUCUCGGCUUUGGAUUCUUUGUUCAAGCAAACGAAGAUUAGUCCUGAAGAUAUCGAUAUUUUAAUCUUGAACUGCAGCCUUUUUAUUACUACCCCGUCUCUUUCAGCUAUGGUGAUUCAUAAGUACAAAAUGAGAAGUAAUGUGAAGAGCUAUAACUUGUCAGGAAUGGGGUGUAGUGCCGGUCUAAUUUCCAUUGACUUGGCUAAACACCUCCUUCAAGUUCAUCCUGAAUCUUAUGCACUAGUUAUAAGCACUGAAAUUAUUACCCCUAAUUCUUAUAUGGGUAAAGAAAGAUCGAUGCUCCUCCCAAACUGUCUGUUCAGGAUGGGAGGUGCAACGGUCCUUCUGACGAACAAAAAGUCCGUACGUAAACAUGCAAAGUACAGCCUUUUGCAUGUGGUACGGACACACAAAGGUGCCGAUGAUAAAUCUUAUGGUUGUGUUACACAAGAAGAAGAUGAAGAAGGCCAUGUAGGAAUAUCCCUCAAUUUGGAUCUCAUGGUAAUAGCAGCUAAAACCUUGAAAUUAAACAUUAGCAUACUCGGAUCAUUAGUUCUUCCAUUAUCCGAAAAACUUCACUUUCUUUUGAACCUAGUUGAGAGGAAAAUCUUUAAGCUUAAAAAGAAACCAUACAUUCCUGAUUUCAAAAAGGCGUUCGACCAUUAUUGUAUCCACGCAGGAGGACGGGCAGUUAUUGAUGAAAUCCAAAAGAGCUUGAAGUUAACCGCUGAACACGUGGAGGCGUCCAAGAUGACAUUGUAUCGGUGGGGGAACACAUCUUCGUCGUCGUUAUGGUAUGAGCUCGGAUACAUAGAAGCAAAAGGAAGGAUGGAGAAAGGUGACAAGGUUUGGCAAAUCGGCUUUGGAAGUGGGUUUAAGUGUAACAGUGUUGUUUGGAAAUGUAAUAGAGACAUUGAUGAAAUCCCGAAAACUGGAGCAUGGGCCGAUUGCAUUCAUAAGUACCCUGUUUGUGUCCCAGAAGUGGUUAAGAUUUAAGAUAAUUAAGCGGAGGUCUAAGAUAAUUGGUUGUGGAUUAUUAUAUUAUAAUUGUAGAAAAAUAUAUAAAAGUGUGUGUGUAGAUCUAUGUGUGAAGUAUUAUUUCCUUUCUAAACCAAAAAUAAAAAGCUUUGUAUUCGUUUGCAUGAUAAAGUGUGGUCUCUCCGUAGCAAAAAAAAGACAUGCAGUAAAAAUGUAACAAGUCAUUGAUGUAACUUAAUUUUCAUCGUCUGAUCGAAAUCGAUUGGAUAUUAUAUUGUUUUAAUCGAUUAAUUCUUUAA